GUUGGAGGCAAAGUCCAGCUCCUGGGUCAAACACAGAGAGGAGCUCAGGCAUUUAUCAUACCAUAACAGCUGAAGAGCACAGCAAAAAGCUGAGAAAAGAGCAAAGAGAGAAGAAUGGAAACAACAUCUUCACUCCUCAAAUCUGUGACCAAGCGGGUCUGGUCCCCACCUCAGCGACCUUUCAGAGUCUGCUGUAACAGAAGGGAGACCAGGAAAGGGAUCACAGCAGGGACCCUGAAGGAGCUGAAAGAGAGGGUAUGCCAGGCUUUGCUGCUGACCAUUUCUGCAGCCUCUGUGUACCUGGUGUGUGAGGAUGAUGGUACUGAGGUGGACUCUGACGAGUUCCUCAUGACCUUGCCGGACAACACCACGCUCAUGGCCCUAGAGCCCGGACAGACAUGGAAACCUCAGGCGGGUUCAGUUGUGCUUAAAAACCACGACAAGCCUCGUACUGGUAAAGACAUAGCGCGAGUCACCUUUGACCUUUACAAAAUAAGCCCCAAGGAUGUGUUUGGCUCCCUAAGUGUGAAGGCCACAUACCAAGGUCUGUACUCGGUGAGCGCCGACUUUCAGUGUCUGGGGCCAAAGAAAGUCCUCCGGGAAGUGCUGCGCGUCGCCUCCGCCCUCCUUCAGGGUGCGGGGCACCUGCUUAUCACCGCUGCAUCCAUGAUCCGACGCGUCAUCGAAGGCGCUGAGCUCUGGCAGCCGCAGAGGGCCGAGUACACAGCCAGCUGGCAUUAAAUCCUCAGCCUGUGUUGUUGCCUCAACAUGAAAUGUUGCCUCUUUGACAUAUUGUGACUUUACUCUUACAAUCAGGCCUUAAAUUGGCAAUAGUAUUACAAAUAUAAGUUUCAUUUCUCCUUAAUACAACCACGGACUGAAUAGUAGUUUCUAGCUGUGUAUAUUUGUAUUUUUGAUGUGGGAGUUGUUAAUCAAUUCUUCUGGUAGUUGGAUAUUAACAAUAUGUUAAGAUUUUGUUUAUGAGGGCUUAUAAUGAUUGUGAUCAUAGUGUCACAAUGAAAUGUGAGACUGAGCAGUGGACCAAAAAACAUCUACAAUUUUGAGGCCUGAAUGUUUAGCAAUAACUACUUUGACGGUAUUAAGUAGUAAGCUGAAUAUGAAAACAAGUGUCUGUUAAAAUUUGAUUUAUUUUUUUUUGCUGCUGUGUUUUAAGCAACAUAUUUUAUGUAGUAUCCUUAAACCUUCCUGUUUUUUUGUUUGUAUAUUUUCUGUGAAGCCUUUUCUUCUGCAGGGUGAAAAAUACUACGAUCUCAAUGAGCGAAUAAUUUGUGAUAUAAAUAUUUAUAUUGGGAUUCUUUGAAUAAAAAUUGUAAUAAAUACAUUUUAACAAAGAAAAA